CUCGGAUAAGCCAAUUGCAGCUUGCAUCUGCCAAAACUUCAAAAGAACAAACCGUGCGAGCAAACCUACCUAGGUUAGGUACGCUUGCUUAAUUCUUCAACAGUAAUGUCGUCAAGCGGAGGCGCAAGUCUCCCUCAUAGGACCGUGUCCAGCAUACGUGCCGGCGAUCGCCCAUCAGCAGCUCAAGCACUUCCACCUAGGCCUCACACCCCUCCUCGAGCAUCAGUUGUCCCCUCCGCAUUCGGCUCUCCUUCUACCUUACGUGCCGACGACGAGAUUAUAGUUGUCGAAUUAGGCUCUCGGAAAUUGCGUAUCGGCUUUGGGGGUGACGCCGCCCCUAAAAGAAUCGCGACCUUUGGUUUGGAGCAGCAGAGACGUGCUGGAGACUUUAGGGCUUGGGAAGCUGGCUAUCAGGACAACUGGCGCAAGAGAGCUGCUGGGAAGCCUUGGGGAUCGGAUUACGAGCUAUGGCAGUUGGAUUUGAGGGGACAGGACCUGGGUCUUGUUGGGGAUAAGCUCGAGCGAGAGCUUAGGGAGGCGUUUACCAAAUACCUAUUAAUCGAUUCUCGUCCGAGGAGAAUAAGUCUAGUCCUCCCACCGACGCUACCUAUACCGCUAAUCUCUUCAACCUUCGAUACCAUCUUUACUCGCUUUCAGGUCCCUUCCAUAUCACUUCUUUCCUCGCCUGUCAUGUCUGCCAUGUCCGCAGGUACUCGAUCGGCCUUGGUAAUAGACCUCGGCUGGCACGAGACAACGAUCACCGCUAUUUACGAGUUCAGAGAAGUGUAUACUUGGAGAACUAUUAGAGCCGGCAAGCUCUUGGUGGAAGAGACGUACGAAUUUCUAAAUAAUGUUAUACAAGGGCGACCGGCUACAACACGUACCGAACGUACGGAGAACAAGCUAGGGGAUAGGUCUGUGAGUUUCGAGGAAUGCGAGGAUUUCGCGACCCGGAUGCUAUGGUGUAAAAGGCCAGCAAACGAAUUAUCGCAGGACACUACUCAGGGUCUCCCAACCCUCCACGAACAGGAUGAGUCCGAAACGGCGGCGCCAGCCGACGACCGCGUACCUAUCUCUGUAGAACUCAAUUCUUGUAAACCCCCGAAGACGGUGGAAAUCCCGUUUUCAGAGCUAGCCGAGCCUUGCGAAUCGGUCUUCUUCGAAGCGAACUUGUCGCCAUCAUGCUUCGAUGACCACGAGCUUCCCGUACCUUUAUUAGCUUACCGGGCUCUAUUACAGCUACCGCUGGAUGUUCGUGCAAUUUGCAUGUCGCGUAUUAUCUUCACGGGUGGCUGUUCCAACAUUAUCGGGCUUAAAGGACGCAUUUUCGAUGAAGUGUCUCUCCUGGCUAAAGAGCGAGGUUGGGAUCCAGUACGAGGAAAAGCGGUUGAUCAAUAUAAAACGAACCCGAAUCUGCGACGAAGCGGCAGCAGGCAAUCUAGUGAAGGUCCAAUUCCUGUGGUAAUUCAUACCGAAAGUAGUAGUAGCAGUAGUAGCAGCAAUACGGAAGGGGUGGAGGCAGCACCAGCACCGGCUGUCAAUCCGGCAUAUGCACCUCCAGAGGCAGAUCAAGUGGAGGAGAUGAUCAAAAAAGAGAAAAACUACAAGCCACCUGUGCAGGGCACACUUCGUGUAAUAAACUCGCUGGGUGCUUGGUGCGGAGCAAGCUUAGCAGCGCAGCUCAAGGUACCGGCCCUGGCCACGGUUGAGCGUGAACACUGGCUUCAGCAGGGUCUUAACGGAGCAUGUCGACCUAACGAAGUGGACGUCAAGGCGCAGCAAAGGCAAAGCAUGGGUGCUGGAGGGUUGGUUAGAAGUCAAGCCUCACAGGCUACAGGCGGCUGGACGCUGGGAAUAUGGGGAGCGAUCUGAAUCAAAUUCAACGCAACGUCGUGUUGUGGUUAUUCAGGACAGUACCUAAUGUGAUAGGUAGCGUUAGGUAGGGAUACGAAGUAAACUGAGGCGAGAUUUGGUUGUAAAAAGAUACCCUGGCACAGAUACCUUAGGUACCUAAAUUUUAAGCAUCAAGAAAUUGAGCAGUAAGUCGUAUCAUAUGACAAGGCUGUUCUAUUCCCGGUCCCCGGCUUUACCGCAGAUGAAUUCCGCAUAUGAUUCGGUACCUUAUCCACGGAUAUGUACCUAACAUAGUACCGCGGCGGAGUAAAGGAUGUGGAGAAACAGUACCUAGGUAGCUACCCCCUGUAAAAUGCGGGGGAGUUACAUAAAGCUAAAGCUACCCCAAAAAAAAGAAAAG